AUGUCGAUCUCUCCCACGCACUGUCGCACACGAACGUUUCCAGCUAUCACCCAUGCAUACGAAGUCCUCACUGGUAAACGAAAGGCUGGGCGAGGCGCUGCUACAACCGCCGAAGCUGCAGAGAUUGCUCGCCGAAGAGCAGCUUAUCGAGCGGCGUAUGCAUCCGGCAGACCGUACACAGGACGAAGAAAUGAAUGGGGAGGAUUUGAAUAUCCGGAUAGCGCAGCCUACAGGGAGAGAUACAGCAAAGGCGAUAUUACAGGGAACCAGGCAUUCUACGUUGCCGUUUCAGUAAUUGUGGUAGCCUUAUUGCAAGCUACUCAUCUUAGCCCAUUACUAUCUUCGAAACCUCCUACAUCUAUAUCAUCUGUUGAUCGGCGACAUGAACAGGCACGCUUAGCACUUGAGGAAGCGAGAAGUAGGGGCCAGGUAUACGGCGACGAACGACGCGAAGGUAUUCGGAAAUGGGUAAGAGAAGCGGGGUUAGAGGGGGCUGGGCAAAAUAUUGGCCACGGUGGCCGCCGUCGGGAUUCAGAGGAAGAAUGA